AUGUCGGACCUCUCAGGUUCGCAAUCUCCGAUCCCUCCUCCUCCCCCUCCGCCACAAAAGUACUCCAAUCGCGCCGCCAAUGCCCUUGCGAGAUUCGCCCAACCUUUCUUCUCGGGCUCAAGACCACCUAGUUCCCAAAGCAGUCGCGCGGAUGGUCCCCGGUCGAUCAGAUCCAAAUCACUACCAGGAGAACCGCAGACUGUAACCCACAAGACAGGCAUCGCAAUCACGGCUUUGGACAUCUCGCCCGAGCGGACACAUGCGGUUAUCGCAGGCAAGGAGAUUCUCAAAACUAUCCAGGUCUCGCCAGACCGCUCGUCAGAGGAAUUCAAUAUUCGCAAUGCCGUCAUUAGCUAUGCAUCUACCCACCACGACACGGGUGUUUCGAUGCCACACAAGGAUCAAUUGAAUGUCAAGGACGUAAAAUGGUCACAUGGGAACCAUGACCGGAUAAUCGCAACCGCAGUCGCGAAUGGUCGGAUUGUCAUUUACGACCUACAUCGGCCCGGCCUGCAAUUGUGUCGUUUCCAGGGUCACAAUCGCCAAGUGCAUAGGCUUGCCUUCAACCCUCAUCUUCCUUCUUGGCUGCUGUCCGGUAGUCAAGAUGGCACAAUUCGGAUGUGGGAUCUGCGAUCCGCCUCUGCAAAUCGCGGAAGUUCAACGUGCGGCAGCAAAUAUCUGUAUCAGGGCAACAGCGAUGCCAUCCGAGACGUCCGAUGGUCUCCUAACGAUGGAGUCAUAUUUGCGACUGCUUCAGAUAGCGGCGCGAUCCAGAUGUGGGAUUACCGAAAGGCCAAUGCUCCACUAAUGAAAAUCGCUGCUCAUGAUCGCCCAUGCUUCGCAGUCGACUGGCACCCAGAUGGAAAGCACAUUGUUAGUGGAGGCACGGAUCGCCAGGUAAAGGUCUGGGACUUUUCUUUAUCUGCAGAGCGACGGCAGAAACCGGCAUUCCAAUUCCGAACGCCACAGGCGGUCACAAAUGUGCGAUGGAGACCUCCCUCUUGGGUUGGUGAGUCUGCUUCAGGACAAUGGCAAUCUUCUCAAGUUGUCACGUCCUACGACAAAGAAGACCCACGCGUUCACCUCUGGGAUCUCCGCCGCCCGCACAUUCCAUUCCGCGAGUUCGAUCGGUACGACACACCCGCAUCGGAUUUGCUCUGGCGCUCCAAGGAUCUUUUGUGGACGGUUGGCGAGGCCGGGGCGUUUACCCAGACCGAUGUUCGGUAUGCGCCAACCGUGGCCAGUCGCCGACCGAUGUGCUCCGUAGCCUGGAGUCCCACUGGCGAAUUUGUUGCGUUCAGUCAACAACGGCCUAGGCGACGUCCUCUAGGAGUCAAGGCCGCUGAAUUUCUACGGCUCGACGAUGAUGAUGACAGCUCUGGCGAGAGAUCACUAAGUCAAAGCCCCGCAGAUGACAUCUUUGAUGAAGCCGUUUUGGCUACUUCCCUUCGAAAUCGGCAUAACAAAUCGGCCUCGAUUCGACCAUCCAAUUCCUGGGGCAGUACUCCGCCCGGCGGAGUAGAUUACAUACCAGUGCUCCCUCUAGAACAAGCACUAGCCAAACUCGCCACCCCAAUGCCUAGCCAGGUCGGAAUCAUCACAAGUAUUCCGGAUGUCACGAACGACUCAGCCGUCUUUCGGCAUUUGGCAAGCCACUAUACGCCGUUGAUGGAUGAGCACAGCGAACAUAAAACGCAGACCGACGUCCUGAACUCUUUGAUUGAGUCACUGGACCAUAACGCAGAAUGUGCAGAUGAGGUGUCCCUGGCCAGAUUGGCUCAGACUUGGAGAAUUAUUAAAUACGCCAUUCUUGAAGAGCUCCAACGUAGAGCUAGAGAUUAUCCCAAAGGUGGUCUGAAAGAUAGGCCAUCCAAGGAUGGGGGCUUGAUAGAAAGGUCACGACCCGAUGAUGGUCGGCAGGACAGAGUGAAAAGUCGGUUGUUCAAAGCCGUCAUGGAGACGGUCCCCGAGGCCGAGAGCUCGUCAAAUAUGACCACACCCCUUGUGCGCCCAUUGCCAGAUUCCCCGAAAGACUCGUGGUCGAGCACUGAUUCCCAAAUGCCCUCGAUGAGCGAUGCAGUGAUGGACCUUGACCCUCUCCCGCCAUCCGUCUUGAGUGAUCAUAAUAGUUGGGCAAUGUCAGACCGUAUACUUGGACGACAAUCAUCAACCGAUGACGCUCAUUCUUCUCAAUAUCGAUGGGAUCCUACACAAGAAGAUUUGGACAUAGAGCAACGGUCUGCGCCUCGGGCAAUUGCCGGCAAGGCAGAUUGGCGCCGUCGUCCAGACUUCUCCCGCGAAAAUUCCGAAGAUGACUAUGACCUGAAGCUGGAAAACAAACGUGCAGCGAUUCGUGACUACAAGCAAUUCCCCAAAAAACCGUUGACCCUCGAAUCACCAUUGGAAUUUAAUCGGCCUCCUCGUCCUGACCGUUUUAGUCGACAUGAUUCCUCGGAGAGUUUUCCCAUGUUCUCUACAUCCACCGACAGUUCGCACCCAUCCAAGUCUAUUGGUGCAUCGUACUCGUCUAGUAUUGAGGCAUCUAAAUCCCUGGAUCCUGGGCAAUCUUCCGCAGCGCUGAGAAGAGGGUCGAUGCUAGCUUCCACACGCGAGGAAUCUGAGGAUGAGCUCUUCGACCAGCUCAUCUCAGAGACUGACCGAAUUCAUUUGGAUCGCCCAUCAAGCCCACUCCCUUUGAUCACAGAAUCAACGCCCCUUGAAAGACAGCAACCUUUCCCACGAGACGAUACCCUCAACCCCGGCACCACGCCUUAUUCAACAGUGGGCGGUAUCUCGCGUGUCCCAAUUCCACUCACGCCAGACGGAACAGACCUGAAACCGUGGGGUAUUGAAGCAAUUAUGAAAGAAUCAGUUCGAUAUUACCACAGCAGCAGUAGCUUAGUUGAUAUCCAAACCGCGGCCCAUCUCCUCCAGAAGAUGCACGUUCUUUUUCGGGACUGCGAACAAAUUCUCCCAUAUGAAGAAUGCGAAAUGGUCUUCAAAACUUACAAUGAGCAUCUAAUUCGGCACUCGAUGGACCUCGAGGCAGCAGAGCUCCGCUUAUUUUGUGUGCCAACAUAUCCUGCCGUCUACGAAUACACCCAGGCAGAUUCAUUCAUCAACGUCUACUGCUACACGUGUCAGCGACCCUUUGAAAACCCCACCCAAGAUAACAGCCGCUGCUAUCGCUGCAACACACCUCAAGCACCAUGCUCUAUUUGUAUGAGCCUUGAUCCACCCCCAGAAUGGGUUUCAGAGCAGCAAACUCCGCCAAUCGCUUCAUCUACCCUCACGAGUCCCGACCUAGACUUCGAAACCACUUCGAACCAUUCGUCACAAUCCUCAGUUGCCACUGAACCCGUCCCAGCAUCGGAAAUCGAUAUUAUGGAGCCUUUCACCGUACCGCGACCCAAAGGGUCCGCCCUUUGGACCUGGUGCCAAGGCUGCGGCCACGGCGGCCAUGUAGCUUGCAUCACAACCUGGCUCGUUGACAUUUCAACCAGCGAAGGUGGCUGUGCCACAGCCGGCUGCUCGCAUGACUGCGGGCCUGGCCCACGUCGCGAACUGAACCGCCAAGACAUGCAGGCGGAAUCCAAGCGUCGCGACUCGGCUAGUCGCUCCGCCGGUGUCGGGCUCGUCAAGCGUGAUCCCUGGAGUAAGGGUGAAAGUAAGGCCGUCGAAAAAGUGCGCGGCAUGCUGGGUAUUGCCGGCAUUGCUGCUGCCACCGGGGGCAGUGGUGCUGGCCCGAACACUUCGACGAACAAUACUUCUCCGGCGCCGGGCGAAACCGGCGCCAUGUCGCCUAAAAGGGUGCGUCUUGUUACCCCGAUUGAGCAAGAUAAGGGAAGUGUUGCCCCGGAUCGCAUGGAUCCUCCUUCAAGGGACUGA